AUGAGAUCUCAAAAUCUCAUCGCUAUGUCAUUUUUCGAAUAUAAAGAUAUUGUUGAAGAAGGAGACUUAGUACUUGCAUUUAUAAGUCGUAAUGACAUAAAACCAAUAAGAGUGACUAAGAAUGCAAUCCUUAACACCCGUUAUGGAAAUUUUCUUCAUAAUGAUAUGAUAGGUUCACCUUAUGGAAAACAAAUGGCAGGUGCCAAAGGUUAUGGAUUUAUUCACUUAUUACACCCCACAGCUGAGAUGUGGACCAUAUCACUUCCACAUAGAACACAAAUCGUCUAUACUCAUGAUUCCUCGUACAUAAUGCAAAGAUUAAAUGUGGUGAAUGGGUCAAGAGUAAUUGAAGCAGGUACAGGUUCGGGUUCUUUCACUCAUUCAUUUUCACGUAGUGUAGGAUUAAAAGGAAGAGUUUUUACAUAUGAAUUUCAUGAACCAAGAUACUUAGAAGCAAAGAGAGAAAUCGAAGACCAUGGAAUAGACGUCAACACAUUUAUAACUCAUAGAGAUGUUUGCCAAGAUGGGUUCGAAAUCCAAGUACCAGAAAAUUUCCACAAUGGUGAUAAUAAGAUAAAUGCUCAAGUCAUAUUUUUAGAUUUACCAUCUCCUUGGAUAGCCAUCAAUAAUUUGAAUAAUGUUAUCGACCCACAAAUGAAGGUAGGAAUCUGUUGUUUCUCCCCCUGUAUCGAACAAGUCCACAAAACCGUAGAAUCAUUACAAGAGAACGGUUGGGUAGAUAUUGAAAUGGUGGAAUGUAGAGGUAAAAGAUGGGAAGCCAGGAAAGAAAUGGUUAGAGAUGUUAACGAUGUCAUUAAAAGAUUAAAAGAUAUUCAAAGUAGAAGAGAUCAUGGAAUUGAAAGUAGGAAAAGAGUCAAACUAGAACAACAAGAAGACAAAGAAGCGGGAGUUCCUCGAGGUUUUAAUCCUUUUGGUAAAGGAGAAAGAGUUAAAGAAGGGGAUAUCAAUUAUUCUUGGAAAGACGUGACAAAAAUUGAAUCCGAAAUCAAAACCCAUACCUCAUAUUUAACAUUCGCUUUCAAGGUUCCAUUAAUUAUUCCUGAAUAG